AUGAGAGGAUCUUCCAGUAAAACGCUGUUCCGGGAAAACUUAGCUAUUGUUGGCCUUAUUUGCUGCGUUAUUUCUUUAUUUGUAUAUUUAGAGGCUCCAUCUCCCGCGUGUCUGACUAUGUCGACAGUAGCUGAUGAAAAAACUGAAAAGCCCAUCGUUCUGCUGUGGUUCUGGCCUCUUGGUGUGAGGUUUGAUUUCCAAAUUUGCUCAAGCCACUUCAACAUUGAUGACUGCAUUCUGACUGAUAACAGGUCAUUGUACAGCCAAGCAGAGGGAGUCAUCUUCUACCAAAAAGAAAUAAACUGGCAUUUGGAAAACAUGCCCAAGGAGCCACGUCCACAUUUUCAGAAGUGGAUUUGGUUCAAUGUAGAAUCUCCCACGAACACUGCGAAAAUACCAGGUCUGGAAAAUCUGUUCAACUUAACACUGAGCUACAGACGAGAUGCUGACAUCACAGUGAGGAAUGAAGUGACAAUCAAGCAAACAGAGACCAAGGAGGAAUUUGUUCUGCCCAAGAAAGACAAACUGGUUUGUUGGGUUGUCAGUAACAGUAACCCAGCUACUGGAACGUCUGUGAGAGAGAAAUAUUACACAGAACUGUCCCAACACAUAAAGGUUGAUGUCUUUGGUGCUUUUAGUGGGCACCAGUUGAAACCUGAAGACUAUUACUCAACCCUUGCGAGUUGUAAGUUUUAUCUCUCAUUUGAGAACUCGAUCCACAUGGACUACAUAACGGAGAAGGUCAACGGGCCCCUGGUAGCAGGGGCUGUUCCUGUAGUUCUGGGUCCACCGAGGGAAAACUACGAGCAGUUCCUUCCCAAUAAUUCCUUCAUUCACAUAAAUGAUUUCCCUGACGCUAAAGGUUUGGCAGAGAAUCUGCAACGCCUGGACAAGGACCAUGAAGCAUACAUGAGUUACUUUGAGUGGAGAAAGAACUAUGAAGUCACUGCUCAUCUUUUGACAAUGAGCAAUGAAUUCAUUCAUCCCGUCUGCCUCGCCUGUGACCACAUCUCAAAGCACAAAGAAUACCAUGUUAUCAAUGAUCUUUAUGGGUGGUACUUUUCAGAAAAACUACAGUGA